UAUCAAGCCUCACUUCAUUCGUGGCGAGGAGAGCGAAGGGCGGUGUUGUCGGUUUUUUAUGCUGUAGCGGUCUUUCUCUGUUCAACAACUGUUUGUUCUUUUUUUCGCUCAAAAUGUCUGACGGUGGAGGAGGCGAUGACAGCGCAGUCACUAUGGAAGUGUCUGCUGCUGUACAGACAGUUGCAGAUAUUUCGGUUUUGCAGAAGCACAUCCGUAAACUUGUCCCCUUGCUCCUAGAAGAUGGCGGCGAGGCUUCGGCCUCAUUGGAAACCGCCCUGGAAGAGAAGAGCUCGGUGGAACAGAUGAGGAAAUUCCUUUCAGAUCCUCAAGUACAUACGAUCCUGGUAGAGAGAAGCACACUGAAAGAGGAUGUGGGUGAUGAGGGUGAGGAGGAGAAAGAGUGCAUCUCUUACAACGUCAACAUUGACAUUCACUACGGGUUGAAGUCCAACAGCCUGGCCUUUAUCAAGAGGACUGGUGUCAUCGAUGCUGACAAGCCCAUUUCCUCCCAACUGCGUGUAUUGACUCUGAGUGAGGAUUCACCCUAUGAGACACUGCACUCCUUCAUUAGUAAUGCAGUGGCUCCAUUCUUCAAGUCUUACAUCCGGGAGUCUGGCAAGGCUGAUAGGGAUGGGGACAAAAUGGCACCUUCUGUGGAGAAGAAGAUCGCUGAGCUGGAGAUGGGGCUGCUGCAUCUGCAGCAGAACAUCGAGAUCCCAGAAAUCAGCCUCCUCAUUCACCCCAUCAUCACCAACGUUGCCAAGCAGUGCUAUGAACGUGGGGAGAAACCCAAGGUCACCGAUUUCGGUGACAAAGUGGAAGACCCUACAUUCCUCAACCAGCUGCAGUCAGGGGUUAAUCGUUGGAUCAGGGAGAUCCAGAAGGUAACCAAGCUGGACAGAGAUCCUGCUUCUGGGACGGCGCUGCAGGAGAUCAGCUUCUGGCUUAAUCUGGAGCGAGCCUUGAAUCGCAUCCAGGAGAAGCGAGAGAGCCCAGAGGUGCUGCUCACCUUGGACAUCCUGAAGCAUGGCAAGCGCUUUCAUGCCACAGUCAGCUUUGACACAGACACGGGUCUGAAGCAGGCUGUGGAGACUGUCAAUGACUAUAACCCCCUUAUGAAGGACUUCCCACUCAAUGACCUUCUGUCAGCCACUGAGCUGGACAAAAUUCGCCAGGCCCUGGUUGCCAUCUUCACUCACUUGCGCAAGAUCCGCAACACCAAAUACCCCAUCCAGCGUGCCCUGCGCCUAGUGGAGGCCAUCUCUCGAGACCUCAGCUCCCAGCUCCUGAAGGUCCUUGGCACCAGAAAGCUUAUGCAUGUGGCCUAUGAGGAAUUUGAGAAGGUGAUGGUGGCCUGCUUUGAGGUGUUCCAAACCUGGGAGGAUGAGUAUGAGAAGCUGCAGGUUCUGCUAAGGGACAUUGUGAAGAGAAAGAGGGAGGAGAACCUGAAGAUGGUGUGGCGCCUUAGCCCUGCCCACCGCAAGCUGCAAGCACGCCUGGAUCACAUGAGGCGCUUCCGGCGACAGCAUGAACAGUUGAGAGCUGUCAUCGUGCGUGUGCUCAGACCUCAGGUAUCUGCUGUGCCCCAGCAUGCUCAGGGUGAGGCUGUAGAACCCCCAGAUAUGAAGGUGGCAGAAGUUCUCUUUGAUGCAGCUGAUGCCAAUGCAAUCGAGGAGGUGAACCUGGCUUACGAGAAUGUUAAGGAGGUUGACGGCCUGGAUGUUUCCAAGGAGGGCAUGGAGGCUUGGGAAGCAGCCAUGAAGCGCUACGAUGAGCGUAUUGACCGUGUGGAGACCCGUAUCACCGCCCGCCUCCGCGACCAAUUGGGUACCGCCAAGAACGCCAACGAGAUGUUCCGCAUCUUUUCCCGCUUCAAUGCCCUCUUCGUUCGGCCUCACAUUCGCGGCGCCAUCCGUGAGUACCAGACGCAGCUCAUCCAACGUGUGAAGGAUGACAUUGAGUCGCUGCAUGACAAGUUCAAGGUGCAGUACCCUCAGAGCCAGUCGUGCAAGAUGAGCCAUGUGCGUGACUUGCCCCCAGUAUCUGGCUCCAUCAUAUGGGCCAAGCAGAUAGACCGGCAACUGACAGCCUAUAUGAAGCGUGUGGAGGAUGUUCUGGGCAAAGGCUGGGAGAACCAUGUUGAAGGGCUUAAGCUCAAACAAGAUGGUGACAGCUUCCGUGCUAAGCUUAACACCCAGGAGAUCUUUGAUGACUGGGCCCGGAAAGUUCAGCAGCGCAACCUGGGCGUGUCGGGUCGAAUCUUCACCAUUGAGAGCAGCCGUGCCAGGGGUCGCACUGGCAACAUACUGAAGCUCAAGGUCAAUUUCUUGCCUGAAAUCAUCACACUUUCUAAGGAGGUGCGCAACCUGAAGUGGCUUAGCUUCCGUGUGCCCCUGGCCAUCGUCAACAAGGCACACCAGGCCAAUCAGCUCUACCCAUUUGCCAUCUCUCUCAUCGAGAGUGUGCGCACCUAUGAGCGCACCUGCGAGAAGGUGGAGGAGCGCACCUCCAUCUCCCUGCUUGUGGCUGGAUUGAAGAAGGAGGUGCAGGCCUUGAUCACAGAGGGUAUUGCCCUCGUGUGGGAAUCCUACAAGCUUGAUCCUUAUGUCCAGCGCCUGGCUGAAACUGUGUUCAACUUUCAAGAGAAGGUCGAUGAUCUCCUCCUGAUUGAAGAGAAAAUUGACCUGGAGGUACGCUCACUGGAGACCUGCAUGUAUGAGCACAAGACCUUUACUGAGAUCCUGAAUCGUGUCCAAAAGGCUGUUGAUGACCUCAAUCUACACUCCUACUCCAACCUGCCAAUUUGGGUCAACAAACUGGACAUUGAGAUCGAGAGGAUCCUGGGAGUACGUCUCCAGGCUGGUCUAAGGGCUUGGACACAAGUGCUGAGGGGACAGAUGGAUGACAAGGCUGAUGUGGACAUGGACACGGAAGCUCCACAAGUCAGCCACAAGCCUGGAGGGGAACCAAAAAUCAAGAAUGUUGUACACGAGCUAAGAAUUACCAACCAAGUCAUCUACCUAAACCCCCCCAUCGAAGACUGCCGGUACAAGCUCUACCAAGAGAUGUUCUCUUGGAAGAUGGUCAUCCUCUCUCUCCCACGAAUCCAGAGUCAGCGUUACCAGGUGGGUGUGCACUAUGAGCUGUCUGAGGAAGAGAAAUUUUACCGGAAUGCCUUGACCAGGAUGCCUGAUGGCCCCUCGGCACUGGAGGAAGCCUACAAUGCAGUGAAAGAAAUUGUCAGUGAGGUGGAGCAGUAUGUCAAGGUGUGGUUACAGUACCAGUGCUUGUGGGACAUGCAGGCAGAAAACAUCUACAAUCGCUUAGGUGAGGAUCUCAACAAGUGGCAAGCCCUCCUAGUGCAGAUUCGCAAGGCCAGAGGCACUUUUGACAACGCUGAGACCAGGAAGGAGUUUGGCCCUGUAGUCAUAGACUAUGGCAAGGUUCAGUCAAAGGUGAACCUGAAAUACGAUUCUUGGCACAAAGAGGUCCUGAGCAAAUUUGGCCAAAUGCUUGGCAACAAUAUGCAGGACUUCCAUUCCCAGAUCUCCAAGUCACGCCAAGAACUGGAACAACACUCUGUGGAUACAGCCAGCACUUCAGAUGCAGUGACCUUUAUCACUUAUGUGCAAACUCUUAAGCGCAAGAUCAAGCAGUUUGAGAAGCAGGUUGAUCUAUUCCGCAAUGGCCAGCGCCUACUGGAGAAGCAGCGCUUCCAGUUCCCGCCCUCAUGGUUGUACAUCGAUAACAUUGAGGGUGAGUGGGGUGCCUUCAGUGACAUUAUGAAGCGCAAGGAUACUGCCAUCCAGCAGCAGGUAGCCAACCUGCAGAUGAAGAUUGUCCAGGAGGACCGUGCUGUGGAGAACCGCACCACCGAUCUGCUCACAGACUGGGAGAAGACCAAGCCAGUUGCGGGCAACCUGCGACCAGAAGAGGCCCUGCAGUCUCUCACCAUCUAUGAGGGCAAGUUUGGGCGCCUGAAGGAUGACCGGGAAAAGUGUGCCAAGGCAAAAGAGGCCCUGGAGUUGACUGACACUGGCUUGCUCAGUGGCAGUGAAGAAAGAGUCCAGGUGGCUCUGGAAGAGCUUCAGGACCUGAAAGGCGUGUGGUCUGAGCUGUCAAAGGUGUGGGAGCAGAUCGAUCAGAUGAAGGAGCAGCCCUGGGUGUCUGUGCAGCCACGCAAGCUGCGUCAAAGCUUGGAUGGGCUCCUGAACCAGCUGAAGAAUUUCCCAGCUCGUUUGCGGCAGUAUGCAUCUUACGAAUACGUACAGAGGCUGCUGAAGGGCUACAUGAAGAUCAAUAUGCUAGUGAUUGAGCUGAAGUCUGAAGCACUGAAGGAUCGGCACUGGAAGCAGCUGAUGAAGAGGCUGCAUGUGAACUGGGUUCUGUCUGAGCUGACACUGGGUCAGAUUUGGGACGUGGACCUGCAGAAGAAUGAGAUGGUGGUGAAGGAUGUGCUGCUGGUAGCCCAGGGAGAAAUGGCCCUGGAGGAGUUCCUUAAGCAGAUCCGAGAAGUUUGGAACUCCUAUGAGCUGGAUCUGGUGAACUAUCAGAACAAAUGCCGUCUGAUUCGAGGGUGGGAUGACCUCUUCAACAAGGUCAAAGAGCACAUUAACAGUGUAUCUGCAAUGAAGCUGUCCCCUUACUACAAAGUCUUUGAGGAGGAUGCAUUGAGCUGGGAGGACAAACUGAAUCGGAUCAUGGCUCUGUUUGACGUGUGGAUUGAUGUCCAGAGGCGCUGGGUCUACUUGGAGGGAAUCUUCACUGGCAGUGCCGAUAUCAAGCACUUGCUACCUGUUGAGACCCAGAGAUUCCAAAGCAUAAGCACAGAAUUCCUGGCUCUGAUGAAGAAAGUCACCAAAUCACCCCUGGUGAUGGAUGUCCUCAACAUCCAGGGAGUCCAGAGAUCCCUGGAGAGACUAGCUGAUCUGCUUGGCAAGAUUCAGAAGGCCCUUGGAGAGUACCUAGAGCGGGAGCGCUCAUCUUUCCCCAGGUUCUAUUUUGUUGGUGAUGAAGAUCUGUUGGAGAUCAUUGGCAAUAGCAAGAAUGUAGCCAAACUGCAGAAGCACUUCAAGAAGAUGUUUGCUGGGGUGUCCAGUAUCCUCCUGAAUGAAGACAACACUGAAGUUCUGGGUAUCUCUUCCCGUGAAGGAGAGGAAAUCCUCUACAAGACGCCAGUGUCCAUCACGGAGCACCCCAAAAUCAAUGAAUGGCUGACCCUGGUGGAGAAGGAAAUGCGGGUCACCUUGGCCAAGCUUCUGGCUGAAUCGGUCACAGAGGUGGGUGCCUUCAACAAGGGCACGGCCAUCGAUCUCGGCACCUACAUCGACUGGAUCGACAGAUACCAGGCCCAGCUGGUUGUCUUGUCUGCUCAGAUUGACUGGUCUGAGAACGUGGAGAGUGCCCUGACUACCAUCUCAGGCAGCGGGGACAUGUCACCCCUCCAGGGUGUCCUGUCCAACGUGGAGGCCACCUUGAACGUUCUGGCUGACACUGUGCUAAUGGAACAGCCCCCCCUGCGGAGGAAAAAGCUAGAACACUUGAUUACAGAGCUGGUCCACCAGAGGGAUGUGACCAGGACCCUGAUCAAGAACAAGAUUGACAACCCUAAGUCCUUUGACUGGCUGAGCCAGAUGCGCUUCUACUUUGACCCGAAGCAGACAGAUGUGCUGCAGCAGCUCUCCAUCCAAAUGGCCAAUGCCAAGUUUAACUACGGCUUUGAGUAUCUCGGUGUUCAAGACAAACUUGUGCAGACUCCUCUUACUGACCGCUGCUACCUGACCAUGACCCAGGCCCUGGAGGCCCGGCUCGGAGGCUCCCCCUUCGGGCCCGCUGGAACGGGAAAGACUGAGUCUGUGAAGGCUCUUGGACAUCAGCUGGGCCGCUUUGUGCUGGUAUUCAACUGCGACGAGACCUUUGACUUUCAGGCAAUGGGCCGCAUCUUUGUGGGCUUGUGUCAAGUGGGCGCCUGGGGGUGCUUUGACGAGUUCAACCGGCUGGAGGAGAGGAUGCUGUCAGCCGUCUCUCAGCAGGUCCAGUACAUCCAGGUGGCCCUAAGGGAGCACAGCAACCCCAACAGAGACCGCAGUGCACCCAUCACCUGCGAGCUGCUGAAUAAGCAGGUUAAGGUGAGCCCUGAGAUGGCGAUCUUCAUCACCAUGAACCCCGGCUAUGCUGGCCGUUCCAACCUGCCCGACAACCUGAAGAAGCUGUUCCGCAGCCUGGCCAUGACCAAGCCCGACCGGCAGCUCAUCGCCCAGGUCAUGCUGUAUUCUCAGGGCUUCCGCACCGCCGAGACCCUGGCCAAAAAGAUCGUCCCGUUCUUCAAGCUCUGUGACGAGCAGCUGUCCUCUCAGAGCCACUACGACUUCGGCCUGCGGGCUCUGAAGAGCGUGCUGGUCAGCGCCGGCAACGUUAAGCGGGAGCGCAUCCAGAAGAUAAAGCGGGAAAAAUGUGAGCGGGGCGAGGACGUGGACGAGAACGAUAUCGCAGAGAACCUUCCAGAACAGGAGAUCCUGAUCCAGAGUGUAUGCGAGACAAUGGUGCCCAAACUGGUGGCCGAAGACAUUCCCCUGCUGUUCAGCCUGCUGUCGGACGUCUUCCCCGGCGUGCAGUACUUGCGCGGGGAGAUGACUGCCCUCCGGGAGGAGCUCAAGAAGGUCUGUGGUGAGAUGUACCUGACCUACGGGGAUGGCGACGACGUCGGCAGCAUGUGGGUUGAGAAGGUGCUACAGCUGUACCAGAUCACCCAGAUCAACCACGGUCUCAUGAUGGUCGGCCCCUCAGGCAGUGGCAAAACCAUGGCAUGGAGGGUGCUGCUCAAGGCCCUGGAGAGACUAGAGGGGGUCGAGGGUGUGGCCCACAUUAUUGACCCGAAGGCCAUCAGUAAGGACCAUCUGUAUGGGACCCUGGACCCCAACACUCGCGAAUGGACCGACGGGCUCUUCACACACGUACUCAGAAAGAUCAUUGAUAACGUCAGAGGAGAGCUCCAAAAGCGACAGUGGAUCAUUUUCGAUGGUGAUGUGGACCCUGAGUGGGUUGAAAACCUCAACUCUGUGUUGGAUGACAACAAACUGUUGACGCUGCCCAACGGAGAGCGUCUCAGCCUUCCACCAAAUGUCCGCAUCAUGUUUGAGGUGCAGGACCUGAAGUACGCCACGCUGGCCACAGUGUCCCGCUGCGGCAUGGUCUGGUUCAGCGAGGACGUCCUCAGCACGGACAUGAUCUUCAACAACUUCUUAUCGCGGCUGCGCAGCAUCCCGCUGGAUGAGGGCGAGGAUGAGGCACAGCGCAUGCGCAAAGGCACAGAGGACGAGGGCGACGAGGCAGCCUCCCCCAUGCUACAGAUACAAAGAGAUGCAGCUGCCAUCCUGCAGCCAUAUUUCACCUCCACUGGCCUGGUGAUCAAGGCCCUGGAACAUGCCUCCAAGAUGGAGCACAUCAUGGACUUCACCCGGCUCCGCUGCAUGGGCUCACUCUUCUCCAUGCUGCACCAGGCGUCCAGAAACGUGGCCCUUUACAACAACAACCACCCAGACUUCCCCAUGCCCAUCGACCAGCUGGAGCGCUACAUGCAGAGGUAUCUGAUCUACGCAAUCCUUUGGUCCUUCUCCGGUGACGGCCGUCUGAAAAUGAGAGCAGAGCUGGGGGAGUAUAUCCGCCGCAUCACCACCAUCCCCCUGCCAUCUGCACCCAACGUGCCCAUCAUUGACUAUGAGGUAUCCAUCACUGGAGAAUGGCAGUCUUGGCAGGGCAAGGUGCCCCAGAUUGAGGUGGAGACCCACAAGGUGGCCUCACCCGAUGUGGUGGUGCCCACGCUGGACACUGUGCGCCAUGAGGCCCUACUCUACACAUGGUUGGCUGAACACAAGCCCCUGGUCCUGUGUGGCCCUCCUGGGUCUGGUAAAACAAUGACACUGUUCAGUGCCCUCCGGGCCCUGCCUGACAUGGAGGUUGUAGGUCUGAACUUCUCCAGUGCCACCACCCCAGAACUCCUCCUGAAGACCUUUGACCACUACUGCGAGUACCGCCGAACUCCCAACGGCGUGGUUCUGGCACCAGUGCAGCUUGGCAAGUGGCUGGUGCUGUUCUGUGAUGAAAUCAACCUGCCAGACAUGGACAAGUAUGGCACCCAGAGGGUCAUUUCCUUCCUCAGACAGAUGGUGGAGCAUGGAGGAUUCUACCGUACCUCAGACCAGACCUGGGUCAAACUGGAGAGGAUUCAGUUUGUUGGGGCAUGUAACCCCCCCACCGACCCUGGAAGGAAACCUCUUACCCACAGAUUCCUGCGCCAUGUCCCAGUGGUGUACGUGGACUACCCAGGUCCAGCCUCCCUCACACAGAUCUAUGGAACCUUCAACCGGGCCAUGCUGAGGCUCAUCCCCUCUCUGCGUACCUACGCCGACCCGCUGACCGCUGCCAUGGUGGAGUUCUACACCAUGUCUCAGGAGCGUUUCACCCAAGAUACCCAACCUCACUACAUUUACUCGCCCAGAGAGAUGACCCGCUGGGUGAGGGGUAUCUUUGAGGCCUUGCGACCAUUGGAGACUCUCCCUGUGGAAGGUCUCAUCCGCAUUUGGGCCCAUGAAGCCCUCCGUCUUUUCCAGGAUAGGUUGGUAGAGGAUGAGGAGAGACGCUGGACAGAUGAGAAUAUUGACAUCGUGGCCCUCAAGCAUUUCCCUAACAUUGAUCGUGAAAAGGCUCUGAACAGACCGAUCCUAUACAGCAACUGGUUGUCCAAGGAUUACAUCCCUGUGGAUCAAGAGGAAUUGAGAGAUUACGUCAAAGCACGUCUUAAGGUCUUCUAUGAGGAGGAACUUGAUGUUCCUCUUGUGCUGUUCAAUGAGGUCCUAGAUCACGUCCUCAGAAUUGACAGAAUCUUCCGGCAGCCACAGGGUCAUCUUCUCCUCAUUGGGGUUAGUGGUGCUGGAAAGACCACCCUGUCCCGGUUUGUGGCUUGGAUGAAUGGACUCAGUGUCUACCAGAUCAAGGUGCACAGGAAAUACACAGGCGAGGACUUUGACGAAGACUUGAGGACAGUCCUGCGCCGCUCUGGCUGCAAGAAUGAAAAGAUUGCUUUCAUCAUGGAUGAGUCUAAUGUGCUGGACUCUGGCUUCCUGGAGCGCAUGAACACAUUGCUGGCCAAUGGAGAGGUUCCAGGUUUGUUUGAAGGUGAUGAGUAUGCCACGCUGAUGACCCAGUGCAAGGAGGGGGCCCAGAAGGAGGGCUUAAUGCUGGACACUCAUGAGGAGCUCUACAAGUGGUUCACAAGCCAGGUGAUCAGGAACCUGCAUGUGGUCUUCACCAUGAAUCCUUCCUCUGAGGGCCUGAAAGACCGCGCCGCCACAUCCCCCGCCCUGUUCAACAGGUGUGUGCUGAACUGGUUUGGUGACUGGUCUACUGAGGCUCUGUACCAGGUGGGCAAAGAAUUUACCAGCAAGAUGGACCUGGAGAAACCCAACUACAAAGUGCCCGACUAUAUGCCAACUGUGUAUGAUAAGCUGCCACAGCCUCCCACCCAUCGCGAGGCCAUCGUCAACGGCUGUGUGUUCGUCCAUCAAACACUGCACCAGGCAAACAAUCGUUUGGCCAAACGUGGCGGGCGCACUAUGGCCAUUACGCCACGCCAUUACCUUGACUUCAUCAACCACUACGCAGACCUGUUCAACGAGAAGCGCAGUGAGCUGGAGGAGCAGCAGAUGCAUCUCAACGUGGGCUUGCGUAAGAUCAAGGAGACCGUGGACCAGGUGGAGGAACUUCGUCGUGACUUGAGGAUCAAGAGCCAAGAGCUAGAAGUGAAGAAUGCUGCAGCCAAUGACAAGCUAAAGAAGAUGGUGAAAGACCAGCAGGAGGCUGAGAAAAAGAAGGUCAUGAGUCAGGAGAUACAGGAAGCAGUCUACAAGCAGCAGGAAGUGAUCAAAGACAAGCAGCUGAGAGUGAAGCAAGAUCUGGACCAGGUGGAGCCUGCUGUCAUUGAGGCUCAGAACGCUGUCAGCUCAAUUAAGAAGCAGCACCUUGUUGAAGUGCGUGCCAUGGCCAACCCGCCCGCCGCAGUAAAGCUGGCGCUAGAGUCAAUCUGCCUCCUGCUGGGGGAGGAGACUAAUGACUGGAAAAAGAUCAGACAAGUUAUUAUCAGGGACAAUUUCAUCUCCAGCAUAGUCAACUUUGUCUCUGAGGACAUGAGUGACUCAAUCCGUGAGAAGAUGAAGAAGAACUACAUGUCCAACCCUAGCUACAACUAUGAGCAGGUCAACAGGGCCUCCCUAGCCUGUGGGCCUAUGGUGAAAUGGGCCAUUGCUCAGCUUAACUACGCCGACAUGCUGAAACGUGUGGAGCCCCUGCGCAACGAGCUGCAGAAGCUGGAGGACGAUGCCAAGGAUAACAAGUCCAAGGCUGAGGAAGUCGAGCAGAUGAUCCGGGACCUGGAGUCCAGCAUCGCCCGCUACAAGGAGGAAUACGCCGUGCUCAUCUCCGAGGCCCAGGCUAUCAAGGCCGACCUGGCAGCCGUGGAGGCCAAGGUGAACCGCAGCACUGCCCUGCUCAAGAGCUUGUCUGCCGAGAGGGAGCGCUGGGAGAAGACCAGCGAGACCUUCAAGAACCAGAUGUCCACCAUUGCCGGCGACUGUCUGCUUUCGGCGGCCUUCAUCGCUUAUGCCGGUUACUUCGACCAGCAGAUGCGGCAGAACCUCUUCACCACCUGGUCACAUCACCUGCAGCAGGCCAACAUCCAGUUCCGUACAGACAUAGCCAGGACUGAAUACCUGUCCAAUGCAGACGAACGACUGCGCUGGCAAGCUAACUCUCUGCCUGCUGAUGACCUUUGCACUGAGAAUGCCAUUAUGCUGAAACGGUUCAACAGAUACCCUCUGAUCAUUGACCCAUCGGGCCAGGCCACUGAGUUCAUCAUGAACGAGUAUAAAGACCGUAAGAUUACCAGGACCAGCUUCUUGGAUGAUGCCUUUAGGAAGAACCUGGAGAGUGCCCUUCGAUUUGGAAAUCCUCUGUUGGUGCAGGAUGUGGAGAGCUACGACCCGAUCCUGAACCCAGUGCUGAACAGAGAAGUGCGCAGGACUGGUGGCCGUGUGCUCAUCACCCUGGGUGACCAGGACAUUGACUUGUCACCCUCGUUUGUCAUCUUCCUGUCCACCAGAGACCCAACCGUGGAGUUCCCUCCAGACUUGUGUUCUCGAGUGACCUUCGUGAACUUCACGGUAACACGUAGCAGCCUGCAGAGCCAGUGUCUGAACGAGGUGCUGAAGGCGGAGCGGCCUGACGUGGACGAGAAGCGUUCAGACCUCCUCAAGCUGCAGGGUGAAUUCCAACUGCGUCUGCGACAGCUGGAGAAAUCACUGCUGCAGGCUCUCAACGAGGUCAAGGGUCGCAUUUUGGAUGACGACACCAUCAUCACCACCCUGGAGAAUCUGAAGAAAGAAGCGGCAGAGGUGACACGAAAGGUGGAGGAGACGGACAUUGUCAUGCAGGAGGUGGAGUCAGUGUCCCAGCAGUACCUGUCGCUCUCGUCGGCUUGCAGCAGCAUCUACUUCACCAUGGAGGCCCUGAAUCAGAUUCACUUCCUGUAUCAGUACUCGCUGCAAUUCUUCCUGGACAUCUACCACACCGUCCUGUACGAGAAUGCCAACUUGAGGGCCGUGAGUGACCACACUCAGCGGCUGUCGCUCAUCACCAAGGAUCUCUUCCAGGUUGCUUUCAACAGGGUGGCCAGAGGAAUGCUUCACAGCGACCACAUCACCUUUGCCAUGCUCUUGGCCAAGAUCAACCUGAAGGGCAUGACCAGUGAGCCAUCCUACGACGCCGAGUUCCAGCACUUCCUCCGGGGGAAAGAGAUCGUGCUCACCGGCACUUCCAUCCCCAAAGUGAAAGGGCUGAACACAGAGCAGACAGAGGCCAUGAUUCGACUCGGCCGCCUGCCCGCAUUCAAAGACCUGCUAGCUAAAGUACAGGCCGAUGAGCAAUUCUUCAUGUGGAUUGAAAGCAAUUCCCCAGAGCUGUCCGUGCCCUACCUCUGGACAGAGGAGAAAACAUCAACUCCCAUUGGUCUGGCUGUGCAUCAGCUGCUCCUGAUCCAGACCUUCCGGCCGGAUCGCCUCUUGGCCAUGGCACAAAUUUUCGUGUCCAAAGUCCUUGGGGAGAACUUCAUGUCCAUCAUCGAGCAGCCUUUGGACCUGGCCAGCAUUGUCGACAGCGAGGUAAAGCCCAGUACCCCAGUGCUGAUGUGUUCUGUACCCGGCUACGAUGCCAGUGGACUCGUGAGGGAUCUGGCGGCCGAGCAGAACAAGCAGAUCACCUCUGUUUCCAUCGGGUCUGCCGAGGGAUUCAACAAGGCCGAUAGAGACAUCAACACAGCAGUCAAGUCUGGCAGAUGGGUGAUGCUGGAGAACGUUCACCUCGCCCCAGGCUGGCUGAUGCAGCUGGAGAAGAAGCUUCACUCCAUGCAGCCCCACGCCAGUUUCCGCCUCUUCCUCACCAUGGAGAUCAACCCAAAGGUGCCGGUGAACCUGUUGCGUGCCGGACGCAUCUUCGUCUUCGAGCCACCGCCUGGUGUCAAAGCCAACAUGCUGAGGACUUUCAGCAGCAUCCCUGUAGCUCGCAUGUGCAAGUCCCCCAACGAGCGAGCUCGGCUCUACUUCCUCCUGGCCUGGUUCCACGCGGUCAUCCAGGAGCGUCUGCGCUAUGCCCCCCUUGGCUGGUCCAAGAAGUACGAGUUUGGGGAGUCGGACCUGCGUUCGGCGUGUGAUACCGUGGAUACCUGGCUGGACGACACCGCCAAGGGCCGACAGAACAUCUCCCCCGACAAGAUCCCGUGGGCAGCGCUGAAGACCCUCAUGGCGCAGUCCAUCUACGGAGGACGCAUCGACAAUGAGUUUGACCAGCGUCUGCUCAACACGUUCCUGGACCGCAUCUUCACCACCAGCAGCUUUGACAGCGAGUUUAAACUGGCUAUCAGGGUGGACGGACACAAGGACAUCAAGAUGCCUGAUGGCAUCCGACGGGAGGAGUUCAUUCACUGGGUGGAGAUGCUCCCAGACACCCAGACCCCAUCCUGGCUUGGGCUUCCUAGCAACGCUGAGCGAGUUCUGCUCACCACUCAGGGCACUGACAUGAUGGGUAAGAUGCUGAAAAUGCAGAUGUUAGAGGAUGAGGACGACCUGGCCUAUGAGACAGAGAAGAAACAGCGCACCAGCUCGUCGUCCGAUAACCAGCCCGCCUGGAUGAGGACACUGCACACCACCGCGUGCAACUGGCUGCAGCUCAUCCCGCAGUUGGUCAGCCCUCUCAAGCGCACGGUGGAAAACAUCAAGGACCCUCUGUUCCGCUUCUUCGAGCGGGAGGUGAAGAUGGGAGCCCGGAUGCUGCAGGAUGUCCGUCAGGAUCUCACCGACGUGGUGCAGGUGUGCGAGGGCAAAAAGAAGCAGACCAACGUCCUGCGCUCACUCAUCAAUGACCUCGUCAAAGGUAUCCUGCCUCACAGCUGGUCUCGCUACACGGUCCCCACCUCCAUGACGGUCAUCCAGUGGGUGGCCGACUUCAGCGAGCGCAUUAAGCAGCUGCAACAGAUCUCUCAGGCGGCAGCAACAGGUGGCGCCAAAGAGCUGAAGAACAUCCAUGUGUGUCUGGGCAGCCUGUUUGUGCCUGAGGCCUAUAUCACUGCCACCCGGCAGUACGUGGCCCAGGCCAACAGCUGGUCCCUGGAGGAGCUCUGCCUAGAGGUCAACGUCACCACCUCCCAGGGGGCCGCGCUGGACGCUUGCAGCUUCGGCAUCAAAGGCCUGAAGCUGCAAGGAGCCACCUGCACCAACAACAAGCUGUCCCUGUCGACAGCCAUCUCCACCGAGCUGCCACUCACCCAGCUGCGCUGGCUCAAGCAGAGCAGUGCUGAGAAGAGGAACAUGGUGACUCUGCCCGUGUACCUCAACUUCACCCGAACGGACCUGAUCUUCACAGUGGAUUUCGACAUCGCCACCAAGGAAGACCCACACAACUUCUAUGAGCGGGGGGUGGCCGUAUUGUGCACAGAGUAGAGGGAGUGCCUCACGUAAACUAAUAGCUCGCUACUGCUUACUCAUUGCAUGAAUUAUAGCAUAGAAAUAUGAAAACUAGAUGCUUAACUGUAUGUGUAAGAAAAAGUCAUUGAAGGAAAGGAAGGUUUGAGAAUGUGGUAUAGCGGAAUGUGCUUGUUACAGCAGAGAUGGAGGAUUUUAAAGAAGGAAUCUGUAUGUAUUUUUAUGGAGGAAAGGAAGCUGCUUGGUAUUGUCAUGCAUAAUAAAUUGCCCUGAAUUACUUCCAUGA